AUGACAGAUGAUCAUCUUAUUCUUCGGGGAGAAGCCAACAGCCCUGAAGAUGUAAUAAUUAAAGGAAAAAAAGAGGGUUCUACUACAAAUAAAAUAAAAAAAUUUUGUUCAGAGUGCGGUAGUCGUGACAUCAAGUACAAGUUUUGUAUAAGUUGUGAAAAACAAUAUUUUAUACGACAAUUCGGCCAAUGGACAAGUAAGGAUGUCGAAAUAGAUAGAUUUAUAAAGUAUACACAAAUCAAAGCAAUGGCUCAAGUAGAAUUUUUCGAAUGGAUAGGGUGGUCGGAAUUGGAUCUUAUCGAGUAUGAAGACGCAGGAUUAUAUAGUACAAUUUAUUCAGCAUAUUGGAUCGAUGGGCCUAUUUUAUUAUGGGAAAAAACCAUGGACUGUUAUAUAAGAAAUGGACCAAUCAAGAUUGCGAUUAAAAGAUUCAACAAUUCUCAAAAUAUAUCUCAAGAAUUUAUCGAUCGU